AUGCUUGGUUUAUUUAACGCGUUGGUCAUGGGGGAUAAAUGGUACACAUUGUCAACAUCGAUACAUAUUCUCACUGCUUUCGUUAGAUGCACCAGACACGGAAGGGUCUUCUGCAACGCCUAGUACGUCCUUAAACUUCGAAGAUGCCGAAAGUUUGCCCGUCAAUGUGUUACGCGACUGCCAAGAAAUCUCUGUGACCGCAGCCCCUACCAACCACGCUGAAGAUACUGUGUGUAUACAGUCAGAGAGUGAUAUCACGAACAGUUUCACUGAAGAACAGCAGACGAAGAAAAUUCAUCACUACAUUCUCUGCAAAAAGCGUGACUGCUUGGGUGUGUCUCAAGAAGAAAGAGCACGCAUCAAAACAACCAAAAAGAAGCAGAUGUUUAAUCACAGCCUUAUCUUUAAUAAGGAUUUGGCCUAUAGCCCUAAAGUACAGAUGUGGUGGCUCGUUUACAUCGAAGGAGAAGGUCAAUACUGUCUGAUCUGCAAGAAGUUUGAUUCCAAGGAUCCCCAAAACAAAAAGGAAUUUUUUUCUGCAGAACCAAGCACAAGGUUAAAGAAAGAUUGCCUCGAGGAGCACAUUGCAACAAAGAGACACAAAGAUGCAAUCACUGCCAUUCUUAUGAACAGGUUGUCAGUUUUCCAGAAAGAGCUCGAUCAUAAUGCUGAAGUUCAGGUUGAUGUGUAUGAAAGAGUUUUCUAUUGCCUUUACUGGUUGGCAAAGGAGGAUAUAGCAAAUGUCAAGGUUAAGAGUCUGUUAAAGUUGGUUGCGAAGCUGGGGUGUGAUAUGAGUGGCUUUAAUCACACAUCAGUAGGUUCCUUUCGCAACAUGUUGCUUCUUCUUGGUGAAAUGAUUCAAAAUGAAGUCAUUUCUGCUGUAACUGGGCCAUUUGGGGUGAUGGUUGAUGACAUGACUGACAUUGCAAAUUUGGAGCAAAUGAUUGGUUUCAUCCAGUAUUAUAACAGGGGUAGCGAAAAGGUUGAGGUGAAAUUUUUGUGUUUGGAAAAUGUUCUCGCCAGCUCUGACGCAGCAGAUUCUUUAACCAUCACAAGCAUCCUUCUGGAAGUCAUUGAGAAACACAGUCUCAAUUUUGACUGGUUUAAAAGCUUUGUGUCAGAUGGAGCAAGUGUCAUGGUGGGAGAAAGGUCAGGUGUAGCUACCAGGCUGAAAGCAGAUGAAAGAAUCCAGUCGUUAAUAUCUGUCCACUGUGUUUGUCACAAACUAGCGCUGGCGUGUACCGACACUUUAAACGAUCUUGCCACAAUAAAGAAGAUGCAGAACACACUAAACACCCUUUGGCGACUCCUUGACAACUCGAACAAGAAGACAGCCAUUUUCCUGAAAGUUCAACUUGAGGUGAGUGAAAUAACUCUCUCAAACAAGAAUUCGCAGAAGAAGAUAGCUAAGAAGCUGAAGAAGGCCUGUCAGACACGAUGGCUGUCAUUUAACGCUGCCGUUCAAUCCGCUUGGGAGAGCUUCUCUGCCAUCAUCCAGUUCCUUAUCAGGAUGAAAGAUGAGGACCCCACAUGCCAGGGCCUGUUAGUUCAAAUGAACAACGUCCGCUUCCUGGCUUGCUUGUAUGUUUUAAAGCAUGUGCUUCCUGUUCUUGACAACCUGUCAAAAUCGUUUCAGCAUUCUACUGUCAAUUUCAGUCACCUUAAACCAGAAAUUGUUCGUGCUAAGGCAGCGCUGGAUGAAGUGGCAACCAAAGAAGUCCCCAUCAAGCAAUUUUGCCAAGAUAUCAAGGAAGGAAAGAUGGUGCUGCUGCAGUUUUCCCCUUCUGAGCAUCAGCUUGCAUCCAUGCGAAAUUUGUUGCUCAAGUAUGUCUCUGCUUUGAAGGAAAACAUCGACCUGAGGUUUCAGAACACCCUCCCUCUUCUGGGAGCGCUCUCCAUCUUUGAUCCAACUCUUAUUCCUGCAAGCUCUUCAGAACUUCCCUCUUACGGAGUAGAUUCUAUCCAAGUUCUUGCCAAGCACUACUUCCCCGACCAACAAGACCGACUUUUGGCAGAGUGGAAUAUAUUAAAGUACCACAUGAAGGAGAUGGCCAUUCCAGCUGAUGUAAAAGAAGGCAAGACUACCAUGCCAGCAGAGUGGUGCAUGUCCCAGCUAAUGAAACAAAGAUCUUCUUUCCUUUCUCUUCUCCCUCUCCUCAUGCACAUUGUAGAAAUAGCUCUCACGAUGCCCAUAAGCAACGCAUGGCCUGAAAGGGGAGUCAGUCGAGUUAAGCUUAUAAAGUCAAGGCUCAGGAGCAGGCUGACCAAUGAGAUGCUGGAGGCCCUUGUUAAUAUCUCUAUGAAUGGUCCAGAGGCAAAUUCUUCAGAAUGUGACACCCUGGUGAAGAAGACCACUGAGAAAUGGCUCUCUGGAAAACGCUACAAGUUGGCCAAAGGGAAGUCAGCCUCAAGAGAAAGCAAGGGCAAAGAACCUGCACCACCAGAAUUAACAAGUGUAUCAACACAGACGGACCCACAAGUUGAAGAUCGUCAGAGUCAAGAAGAACAACAAGCGUUGCAAGAGGAAGAGCAGGCCCUCAUUAAACUUGGCUUAGCAAAUUUUCAAGAUGAUCCAAGUUGUGACGACAGUGACAGGGACAGUGCAAUGGGGGAAAGUGAUUUCAGUGACAGUGACUUUUAACUAAAAAGAAUCGAGCCUGAGUGCUUGGAUGCCAUAACGAAACUGUUCAUCUGUAUUUUCAAUCUGUAGGAAAACUCUGACUGCAAAAAUAAUUAUUUCAAAAGUUGAUUCAUGUUAUAACAGGUCAAUGAAGUACUGACAAGGGAAAGAGGUCAAUUUUUAUUUAGAUGUAAAUUGUAAUAUGUAACAUGGGACUGGAAGGAAAGCAUUGUAAUAUGUAUGAGUAAACAUAAUUUUCAAGAAACUCUUGAUAAUGAGUCAGAUUUAAGAAAAACUCUAGGUUAUAAUAAAGUGUACAACGACCUAAAAAAUAACUUUUUGGUCCUGAAAAUGCACCAGAAUGCACCUCAGAGCAUGCAGAUUUUCAAAAUUUUCUGGGGGAGGCCCCCCAUACCCCCCCUGCAGGAGGGGGAAACCCCCUCCCGCACCCUCCCCACGGGCGGCUUUGCCGCCCGGCGCCGCUGUCGCGGCGCAGUGGUGCUCCGGCUAUUUUAAAAUUUCCUCCUGAUACUUUUUUUCAU